CCAAGAACCCAGGCGUCCCGGCUGUAACCACUGGGCUCCCUGGUCUCUCUGAGCUGGGAGAGAAACCAGGCGGCGGGCUGUGGCCCCACCCUGUCCCGCCACAGUGGGGUGCUGCACGCUGCAGCUGGGGAAACCGAGGCACAGGGACACAGAAAAGGGACCCAGGCGUCCUGUUGGGGGCUCACCCCCCCUUCCAGCCCCCUGCACAGCCAGGGGCAGAACCCGCGGGGGGGGGCAGUCCAAACAGCCCCUUCCCUGGGGCCUUGGCCUACUGCUACCUCCCCACCCCCCUGCAGCUUUGGCAGCUGCUUCCUCACUAAUGAGCGCUGCCCUAAUUGCUGGAAGCUCAUUAGUGCAGGGGGAGUGGGCGCUGUGCAGUGGGGCAGGGAUAAUGCCUCCCCCCACCCACCCCAGGCAGUGCCCGGCUGCAGCCGCCAGUGCCCGGGCACCACGUCUGCGCCAGGUGAGGUUUGGGAGAGUGCUGGGGGGGCAUGGCCCAGCUGGUUGGGGCAGGAUGGGGGGGCGGAUCCAGCCCCCCACCCCAGGGGGCUGGCCAUGCUGCUGCAUCCAGAGCUGCUUGGGUGCUGGGGGGGGCACACUCGGGAGCACUGAAGACCUGGGACACGUGUAUGUGUGCUUGGGUAGGCAUACAUGCGCAUGCGCACGUGUGUGUGCACGCGAAUGGGCAGGCAUGUGUGUGCCUGUGCCUGCGUGGGUGCCCGUGCCCACAUGCCCGUGUGUGAGAGCAUGUGUGCGCAUGUGCACGUGGGUGCCGGCAUGUGAACGUGCAGCUCCGAGCUGGCACCUGGCGGAUCCUGCCUGGAGCAGGGCACUGGGACUCCCCCAGACUUUGGAGCCGUGGGCAAGCAGCGCUGGCACUGCCCUGACACGGCAGCCCUGAUAAGACGAGGGCAGAGGCUGGGGCUGCUGGGAGAUAAGGGGAAACUGAGGCUGCGUGCCGUGCCGGGGGUGCUGUGCAGCCCUCAACAGGGGCAAGAGCUUGGCCUUGGAGCCCGCAGCCGCCCUUGCUAUUUGGAGGCGCUUUCCUAGGGUUUAGCCAUGGCCGGUACCCUGUGGCCUCGCCACACGGUAAUUACAUGCAAAUGUUACUGGCAUCGCCAGGGCGUGGACAGAGCCCGGACUCGGGCAUCCCCCAGAGCCUGCCCGUCUGUGCUGCAGGCGGUGCCAGGGGCGGGUGGGGCCGGGAGGUGGGGGGAGCAAAGGUUGUGCCUCGCACGAGUGUCUAGUGCACGACUGUGCCCGUCUCUGCGUGGCACCCGCGACUGCACAGCUGCACUCAGCCAGGCCCCGUGCCCCCCGCCGCCCCCCACCAUGGUGCAGCUGGACCCCAAGGUCACCCGCACCCUCGGCAAGACCAAGCCGGGCCUGCAGAUCUGGAGGAUUGAGGUGGGGUCUCGGGGGGUUAGGGUGGGGGUCUGGCCUUGCUGCCUGUGCUGGGACCAGGGUUUAACCCGCGGCCCGUGUGUGUCUCAGGUGGAGCUGAGCUGGAAGAGCUUCAACCUGGGCGACGUCUUCCUCCUCGACCUGGGCCAAGUCCUCGUGCAGUGGAACGGGCCCCAGAGCAACCGCGUGUCCGACGCCGAAGGGAACCUCCUGGUGCAGGAAGUCGCCGUCCGGCCCCUGACCCAAGACAUGCUGAGCCAUGACGACUGCUACAUCCUGGACCAGGGCGGCAGCAGGAUCUUCGUGUGGAAGGGGAAGAACGCCAGCCAGCAGGAGCGGGAGCAGGCCAUAAGCAGGGCCCUGGGCUUCCUCAAGGCCAAGGGCUACCCAGAGACCACAUCCGUGGAGAUACAGAACGAUGGGGCCGAGUCGCCCGUCUUCAAGCAGCUUUUCCAGGGCUGGACAGAGCACCAGCAGAGCCGUGGCCUGGGCCAGACCCACACCCGCGGCACCGUGGCCAAGGUGGAGCAGGUGAAGUUCGACGCCAUGACACUGCACGCCCAGCCCCAGGUGGCCGCGCGGACCCGCAUGGUGGACGACGGCUCCGGCGAGGUCCAGGUAGGCACCGUGGGGGUCGGCUGGGGGUGCGGGGAGCCCUGCGGGGGCCUCACCCCAUGCCCGGCCCCCGGCCGCCACGCCAGCCAGGACGAGCUGGCCGCCUCGGCCUACCAGGCGGUGAUCCUGGACCAGGAGUACGGGGGGGAGCCCGUGCAAGUGCGCGUGCCCAUGGGCAAGGAGCCCCUGCACCUGCUGGCCGUCUUCAAGGGCAAGAUGGUCGUGUACGCCGGCGGCACCUCCCGGGCCGGAGCCACGGAGGCGGCGGCAGCCACGCGGCUCUUCCAUGUGCACGGCGCCAACGAGACCAGCACGAAAGCCAUCGAGGUGCCCGCUCGCGCCGCUGCCCUCAACUCCAACGACGUCUUCGUGCUCAAGACCCCAGCCUGCUGCUACCUCUGGUACGGCAAGGGCUGCAGCGGGGACGAGCGGGAGAUGGGCAAGAUGGUGACCGACCUCAUCACCAAGACGGAGAAGCUGGUGGUGGCCGAAGGGCAGGAGCCCCCCGCGUUCUGGGCCGCGCUGGGCGGGAAAGCCCCCUACGCCAGCAGCAAGAGGUUGCAGGAGGAGACACCGUCCGUCACCCCCCGCCUCUUUGAGUGCUCCAACCAGACGGGCACCUUCGUGGCCACGGAGAUCAUGGACUUCAACCAGGAUGACCUGGAGGAGGACGACGUCUUCCUGCUGGACACCUGGGACCAGGUUUUCUUCUGGAUCGGGAAGGAGGCGAACGUGAGCGAGCAGGAGGCGGCGGCGGUGAUGGCCCAGGAGUACCUGAGCUCCCACCCCAGUGGGCGCGACCCCCGGACCCCCAUCGUGGUGGUGAGGCAGGGCCACGAGCCCCCCACCUUCACCGGCUGGUUCCUGGCCUGGGACCCCCUCAAGUGGCAGGACAAGAAGUCGUAUGAGGAGCUGAGGGCUGAGCUUCAAGACAACAAAAACUUUAGCCUUGUCACAGCGGGGCUCACGGGAAAGCAGGAGGUUUUCACGACCAAUACCACGCUGAACUCGGGGACCCUGCAGACCUUCCCCCUGGAGGACCUGCGGAACAAGGCCGCGGAGCAUCUGCCCCGGGGAGUGGACCCCAGCAGGAAGGAGGAGCACCUGAGUGACCAGGACUUCCAGGCCGUGUUCGGGAUGUCCCGGGGCGCCUUCGCCGCGCUGCCGCCCUGGAAGAGGCAGAUGCUCAAGAAGGAUAAGGGGCUCUUCUGAGGCGGUGCCAGCCCCUGACUGCUUGGGGACACCGGCGUGGGGGGGCUCUGUCCCAUGCCCCCCCAUGGCCCUCAGGGUGGCCACCACCUCGCCCAGGUGCCACCCAAUAAAUCCAGCGCACAGAGCACGGCCUCCGCCUCCUCGCUCCU